GCUCUUUGACUGAUUCAUUGAAACCGAUAAGGACAACUCGUUUCUUCCGCAAACACACACACAUACAAUAUACUGGACUUUAGACAUUUUAUACAUUUACUUACACACUGAUAAUAUAAUUGUAAAUAUUGGUAUAUGGUGCACUGCAGUGGCUAUUUUUUGUACAAUAAACUUGAGUCACCUCCGUGAUUGAACCGGAAGUAGAAUCGCGGUCCGUUCGUAUUUACAGAAACGUUUUUAAGUUGGGGGCUACCUGUAUUUUUAUUCAUCCGUGGUUGCAUCUAAAGUUGUAAAAUGUUGCAGUUUGUCUACAGUCCUACUGGUGGUGCACACUAAACAAUUCACACAUUUGGUAAGCGGCACAAUGCCCUGUGUAGUAAGAAUUAUUAUUAUUAAUUUUAGAACUGUAGCAAAAUCAGAAAAAAAUUUAUAUCAUAUAGAAUUGGAAUAUUUAUAAAACAGAAUCGCAAUACAAGGCAUUGCGAUCAUAUCUUAUCAGCUGAUUCCUGUUUCUAUUUUUAAUGUUAGGGCUGAUCGGUGCGUAAUACAUCAAAAUUACUCAGAUUCAUUUAAAAGAGUAUUUGUAAAAAAAAUUAAAUUAAAUAAAAAAAAAGUCAGACUGGUAUUUACGGAUUUCAAAGUUCAUACGUUUCUAAUGAAAUGACCUGUUGUAAAUUCUAACCGCCGCAGCGAGCGGGUUCAGAGCUCUGAGAUACGAUGUGUUUCAUAGCCGCUGUCCUGCUUUUUUCCUGUGUUGAUGUAAACCCUGCUGCAGGGGCUGUCUUUCACGGCAUAAGUGUCACUUUGUUGUAGAUGAGGGUGAGGGAUUUACAACCCCUGCACGGAUGGGUAACCUAGUAAGACUUCAGGUACAGAGUGUGGACAAGCCCCUGUACCGUGGAACGCUGCACUGCUUCCAGUCGAUUAUUCAUCAAGAAUCUAUGUUUGGCCUCUACAAAGGUAUUGGCUCCCCAAUGAUGGGCCUGACUUUCAUCAACGCCAUUGUAUUCGGCGUGCAGGGCAAUGCGAUGCGCAUGCUGGGCAAAGACACCCCUCUUAACCAGUUUCUGGCAGGUGCUGCAGCUGGAGCGAUCCAGUGCGUCAUCUGUUGCCCGAUGGAGCUGGCCAAGACUCGCAUGCAGAUGCAGGGCACGGGAGUGAAGAAGUCUUCCAGGAAGACUUACAAGAACUCGUUGGACUGCUUAGUUCGCAUCUACAACAAGGAAGGCAUUCGGGGGAUCAACCGCGGCAUGCUGACCACGAUUAUCCGCGAGACUCCGGGAUUCGGAGUGUACUUCCUGACCUACGACGUCCUAACGCGGUCGCUGGGGUGCGAAGCGGACGACCUUUACAUCAUUCCCAAGCUGCUCUUUGCAGGAGGCAUGUCGGGAAUCGCUUCCUGGUUAUCUACGUAUCCCGUGGACGUUAUUAAAUCCCGCCUCCAGGCAGACGGCGUAGGCGGCGAUCAUAAAUACAGCGGGAUCAUGGACUGCGUUCGUCAGAGCUGGCAGAGGGAGGGCUGGAGGGUCUUCACUCGAGGUCUGACCUCGACUCUCCUCAGGGCGUUCCCGGUCAACGCUACCACGUUCGCCACAGUGACUCUGUUCCUGAUGUACAUGCGGAACGACGGCGGCAGCGGCGUGAAGGUCUGCGAGGCCGAGCAUCAGCCUGUUCAGCAAACACAACUCCAAACUACAAGCCUCUGAUUGAAUUCGUCCAAUCCCCGACUUCUUCUCUUCAACCAGAAUAAUGAUUAAACAGUGCCUGUACGAUAACUUCAGACAGACGGUCCCCCUCCCUCCCCCGUUGGGAAUUCUAGUUCCCUUAUUUAGCGUUCUGGGAAGGAUUUAAACUAGGUUUUAGAGAGAGGGGAUUAGAGAGGUCAGGCACUGACGAGGGCGAGGAGGCAGUCAGUCUUUCACUUUGUGCCAAAGCUGUUCAUUGGGGUUGAAAUCAUCCCUCUACUGUAUGCGCAGGACCAUUAGGGUUCUUGUACACCAAACUGCUGGCCCAUUGGGUUAGGGUUAGGCAUUAACACACAUCCUGGAUGAUCUGGUUACAGGUGGACAGACGAGACUCACACCUGGCAUUAAAAAGGCGUAAAACACCUGUGAUCGUUUUCUGUACAUCAUUUCCGCUGGUUAAGAGAUGAGAAGGUACACUGUGUCUUUCCUGUUAUAUAUGCGUAACCUUUAACCCUAGACCCGGUCGGUGCAGAGCUAAGGACAUAAUGACUCAGCUGAUUAGGAAGGUAUCCAGACGCAUUCGUGUUCACAUUAUACAUCCAGUCUUUAUGUGGUCCGUGUGUUCUCGAGACCUUGUUAAGAUCACCAGUCAGGAUGUUUGUUAACGCGUCGCUUUGUGCGCUGACGCGGCUGGAACGGGUUUGGGCUCAGCCCAUUAUGUUUCAGCAAAGGGGAAGUUAAUUUAACCCAAGGGUGUCAUGGCCAUGUGUUCACAUACUUUUGAACAUCUCUACAUAGGUCUGUUUUGAAAAAAGGUGCUGCUAAGCUUCUAAACUUUUACGGUCGCAUUUAUCUGUUUUCAGGAUUUUUCUUCCUCCCUCGUUACUGGCAUUACAAUGAAAAGGACGGAUUCUGAUUUGACUGGAAGCCUCGAUGCCUUUAACACAACACGAGCACGUUUACAUUUGACUCUCCUGUGCGGAAAAAAAAAAAAAUCAGUUAUAUUAAGAGCAAAGCAAGUGUAAAUAUUCACACAGCGUUUCUGUACAGAACACACUUUAUAUCUGCAGCAAGGACAUUGGGACACGCCUCCUCAGCGUUUACACAGUAGAACAAAUCGCAUCAGAUGGACUCUUGGCCGAAUUUGUACAAAACUAUAACUAUACUUGUGUGUGAGUGUCUCUCUCUCACACACACACACACACACACACACACACACACACACACACACACAUACACAGAUCCAAUUUUUAGAGGAACAGGAAACUAAAUUGUUACACACACUACAACGUGUGCAUAAUUUAUAAUUAUAUUUGAGAAGUUCACGUCUACAGCGCACCAUAAUCACAUCGGUUAUUCCCUUAUCAGAUUAUAAUUCUGUUCAUCACCUGCUGAAAUUAGUUUAGUUUUGAUUAGUAUUGUAGAAUUAUCUUUAACAUCCUGUCUAGUUACAAUAUUCUUAGACAAUUUCUGCAGUGGUUUGUAUACAAGCAUGUGUUUAGUGGUAAAUAUCUUUUUUUUUUUUUUUUUUUUUUUUACUCAGCAUUUGAACGGCAAGGGGAAAAACGUUUCUUAAAGAAAAAGGUCUCGUGUGUAAUUCAUCACAAGAUCAUUUUUGAUCGUUUACUUCUGUUUGUUUAUAUGGUUUGUUUCUUUUUUCACAUGGAAAAUGAAAUUGUGAAAACUGUACUUUUAUGAUUGUACAAAAUGGUAUUUAUUUAUGAGAAUUAAAGGGUAACAGAAUUA